AUGGUGCUGCUGUUACUUGGAAAUCAAGCCUCAGGAAAGAUCCGGAUAGGUGACCACAUCCUUAAGCUUCAGCAGUAUAUAUAUCAGCCGAAGCGAAUGACCUGUGCAUACGGUUUAUUCAGCUGGUUUGAAAAAUUGAGAAGGAGCGAAAAGUAUCAUUAUACUAAAAUGGAAAAACCCACGAAAGAAAAUAUGCUCGACCUGUUCAUCAGACCUGGUGAACCGUGUUGCAUGCCGAAAGGGAAUGAAAAUAUCCUCUUCAAGAUAAGCGAUGAGAAAACGAUGUACGACCGAUACCGUCAUGAGAUAGAAUUAGAUGAGGAGAGAUUCGGAGCUGAUAAAGUCAAGAAGAUCGAGGUUCGGCGCUUAAGUAUGGAGAAUAUAGACAAGUUUAUGGAAUUGUCCCGCGACGAAGCGUUUUCCGUAUUUGUUCCGAAACACGCCAAGCUGGCUGGCGAGCUGACCCGAGUCUUCAUGGAGGCGGAAUGUUGGGAGGACUUUUUGGCACUCGCGGUACGUUGCAGGGAUAAAUUGAAUCCAGUUAUGUUUUACUACGCUUAUUCAGUGGCGCUUCUUCACCGGCCUGAUACGAAAGAUCUCUCGCUUCCGUCGCCCUGUGAAUAUUUCCCCAACAAGUUUGUAAGCGCCCGCACGUUAGCCAUGGCCAAGGAAGUGGCCUACGUCAUGUCGACGACGGAUAGUAAACCCAUACCUCUUCGCGAACAGAAGCAAACAGCAUCUGACAUUGAACCGGAACACUCGUUAGCCUACUUCAGAGAAGAUUUAGGCAUAAAUAUGCACCAUUGGCACUGGCACUUAGUUUAUCCCGGUGACGGUAUAUCGGAAAUCGUUGUGAAAAACAGACGUGGCGAAUUGUUCUACUAUAUGCACCAGCAGAUAAUUGCACGGUAUGACUUUGAGCGUUUCUCUAACAACCUGCCUCGAGUCAAGCCUUUUGACAAUUGGCGAAAACCGUUCGACGAAGAAUACUUUCCGAAACUGGAUUCGGUAACGGGUUCUAAGAUAUCAGGGCGUCAAAACGGGGCAGUACUAAGCAAUGUGAAUCGCGAACCUUACCUCAUCAGUAUCGACCAACUUCAGAGAUGGAGGGACCGGAUCUUGGACGCCAUUCAUCUGGGAUUCGUUUGGGAUGAAGCAGGUCAAAAGGUUGAACUUACGGAGGAUGAGGGAAUCGAAAUACUCGGCAAUCUCAUCGAGGCCAGUGAACUUUCGAAGAAUUCAGCUUAUUAUGGCAAUCUGCACAACAGUGGCCAUGUAGCCAUCGGACUUUGCCACGAUCCUGAUAACCGCCACUUGGAAUCCAUUGGUGUUAUGGGUGACAACGCCAUGGCUAUGAGGGAUCCAAUAUUCUACAGGUGGCACACCUUCGUCAAUGACAUUUUUCGUCAAUACAAGGACAGAUUGGAUUCAUAUACCGUGGAGGAGCUUGACCACAAAGGCGUAAAAGUGACGGGCUUAAACGUCAUCAGCAAAAACUAUCGCGAAAACAACGUAUUUCGCACCUUCUGGGAAGAGAGUAACAUCGAUGUUUCAAACGGUCUUGACUUUGCGGCGAGGGGUGCAGCCCGAAUUCGAUUCACCCACUUGAACCAUGAAUUAUUCGAAUACAAAAUUGACAUUGAAAAUUCAUCUCCCACUGAGACCAAGGGUACUGUCCGUAUCUUCAUGGCUCCAAAAUACAACGACCGUAAACUUCCCCUUAAUUUUGCGGAGCAACAAGGUCUCAUGAUCGAACUUGACAAGUUCAGUGUCGUUAUUCCUCCCGGUAGUUCAUCCCACAAGCGUCUCUCAACGGAAUCCUCUGUGACUAUUCCAUUCGAGCGAACGUUCCCUGAAGGAAGAAAGGACCUGGAGGAAAUGACCGAGGCUGGGAAAUCAGUGUUCAAUUACUGCGGUUGCGGCUGGCCUCAGCACAUGCUCAUACCGAAAGGAAAUGAACUGGGUCUAAGUGCUGAUCUCUUUGUAAUGGUUUCAAACUAUGACGUCGACAUGUACGAUGUGCCCGUAAAAAAAUGUUGCAAGGACGCUGUCAGCUACUGCGGACUUAAGGAUUCAAUUUAUCCCGAUCGGCGGAAAAUGGGUUAUCCGUUUGACCGUCCUCCACCAAAGGGUACGGACGGCACUGUUGUCAAGACUUUGGACAACUUCUGUCAGUUAACCGAGAACAUGGCGUUCACGGAAGUAAAGAUAAUCUUCAAGAAUGACACGCCUACGGACGACGAUGAUUCCGAAGCGGCGAGAUAA